AUGGGUAGAGGACCGAAAAAGCAUCAAAAGCGCCUUAGCGCGCCAUCGCAUUGGCUUUUGGACAAACUCUCCGGUUCAUACGCUCCCCGUCCAUCUGCCGGUCCACACAAGCUCCGUGACUGCAUGCCUCUCAUCGUCUUCAUUCGAAAUCGUCUAAAGUAUGCGCUCAACUCUCGCGAGACCAAGGCCAUCGUCAUGCAGCGCUUGAUCAAGGUUGAUGGUAAGGUCCGAACUGAUGCCACCUACCCAGCUGGCUUCAUGGACGUUAUCAGCAUCGAGAAGACCGGCGAGCACUUCCGUCUAGUCUACGACACCAAGGGUCGCUUCACCGUUCACCGAAUCCAAACCGAAGAAGCCGAAUACAAGUUGGGCAAAGUCAAGAGAGUGCAAUUGGGCAAGGGCGGAAUCCCAUUCUUGGUCACGCACGAUGCACGAACAAUUCGUUACCCUGACCCAGCCAUCAAGGUCAACGACACUGUCAAGAUCGAUAUUGCUACUGGAAAGAUCACAGACUUCAUCAAGUUCGAUACUGGUGUAAUUGCCAUGGUUACUGGUGGUCGUAACAUAGGUCGUGUCGGUGUUAUCACUCACCGUGAGCGUCACGACGGAGGCUUCAACAUUGUCCACAUCAAGGAUGCCAUUGACAACUCAUUCGCUACCCGUGAGAACAACGUUUUCGUUAUCGGAUCAGAGAAGCCAUGGAUCUCCCUACCCAAGGGUAAAGGUGUCAAGCUUACUAUUGCCGAGGAAAGAGAUCGCAGACGUGCCCAUGCCAUUGCUGGACAGUAG